CCUUUACUCCGUACUCUCUAUGCUGAACUGAGCGCCAUGGCCAGAUCUCCAUCACUUGGAGAGACCUCGCAGUUGGCCAUUCCCGCCAAAGAGCUCGACGAUGGAAUUCCAGAGCCACCCGAGCCAGGUGCGGCCAAGAGCGAGGUGCGAUCCAAAGCGACAGGAUCUUUCGAUGCACGUUCCUUCUCCAACCGUUCAGUUGGACUCUUCGACGGGAUUCGUUCCUGGUCGAAGCCUUCAUCAUUCCAAGUGGGAGGAUUAGGACUGGGACCUCGAGAAGGCGUCUCGUCGGAUUUCAUGGGACUCGUGGAGAAGCUGGUGCACCAGCAUCAGACAGAGAUGGCGAUGUGCGGAAAGAAGAAGAGCUUUGAUAUCCCUCCGGUCACCACAGAGUGGGAGCGGCUUUGCUCCGCAGGCUCGAGAUUCUCGAAGAGAUCUCAGGAGCCUGGUCAGGCCUUUUCACCGGCAGCAGUCUUGAUGCGUGAGAGGAAGCAUGAUCUCAAAGAGUUGGACGCCAGCAAACUGCUCGAAGCAUUCGACGAGCAUGCGCUGCAGGAGGUCUCGGAGGAGUCUUGGAGCCCGGCCAUGAUUGCAACCAGGAUCACCUCGUUCCGCAAGCAUCAGUGGGAUGAACUGAAGGAAACCGGCUGCUGUACGAAACUGGAGAACUUCUUGCAGUCCAAUUGGUACGAGUUCUUCAUUGCCUUCGUCCUUGGGAUGAACGCCUUGUGGAUGGCCUUCGAACUCCAAGUCACUGGACGAGAGAAAGGCUAUUUGCUGGGCAUCUAUCCAAGCGGGAUUCAGAACUUGGACCACUGGCUGGAAGCCUUCCUCCUGGGCGACCGGAUCUUCGCAUACCUCUUCGUCACGGACGUGCUGGUGCGCAUCAUCGUGCUGAGGAGCAAGUUCUUCCGCAUGUGCUUGAACUAUGUGGAUAUUGCAGUCUCGAUGACGGCCAUGGCCGAGGUGAUUUUAAGUGGCACCCUCUUGGGUGACCUCCCCGUGAACCCGCUUCUCUUUAAGCUGCUGCGGAUUGGGAAGCUGGCACGCGCCAUCCGAAUGAUUUCGAUGACCACGAUGUUGCUGCCCUUGCAGCUCUUGAUCAAGUGCUUGACUGCAAGCCGUGGUAUGCUUUUUUGGAGCUUUUGCUUGUUGAGCUUUGUUCAAUGCGUGGCUGGCAUGACCUUGAGCACGCUUUGCCAAGACUUCCUGGUGGAUGAAAACGCAGAUCCGGUCAUCAAAGAGGAGGUCUAUCGAUACUAUGGCACCUUUACGAGAACAGUGCUUUCGAUGUUCGAAAUUUUGUUCGCCAAUUGGGGACCUGCCUGCAGAGUGUUGGUGGACAAUGUCAGCGAAUGGUUCUCGCUCUUUUUCCUGGCCUACCGUUGUGUGCUGGGUUUUGCAGUACUCAACGUCGUGAACUCGGUCUUUGUGCAGCAGACGAUGAAAACCGCCAGUUCGGAUGAAGAUUUGGCCUUUCGCCAGAAGGAGAAGGAUGUGGCUUCCUACACUCGAAAGCUUCGACAUGUCUUCCAAACCAUGGACACGGGCGGUGACGGCACCAUCAACUAUGAGGAAUUCUCCAAGUUGGUCUCCAACCCGAAACUCAAGUUUUGGAUGAGCCAACUGGAGUUGGAAUAUCAUGAUUUGAUGAGCCUCUUUGAGUUCCUCGACAAUGGGGAUGGAGAAAUCACACUGUCAGAGUUCAUCGAGGGUGCCACGAAGCUUAGAGGUCAGGCGAAAGCAUUGGACAUCUGGCGGAUGGAGACCAAAUUGGAGGUUCUCUUCGAGGAGGUGCUGCAGCUUCUCAGUGUCACUUCAGGUCCCAACGGUCCCAGUUCCGCCGUGCCCGAUGAGCCCCCGCCCGAUGAAGACGAGCAAACCGAGUCCAAACCAGUGCUGAAGAGGUGGGUGGGGAACACGAGGUCGAAUGUGACGUCAAAUUUGCCAAUGGACUGUUGACAAUUUCCACGUUUUUUGUUUAAACGUUUGUGUGGUUUUUAUUGCAACAAACAUUGCAUCAUUGCAUUCCAUUGCCACGUGACAUCACGUGACCGAGCACUUGAGACUGGGACGACUUGGAUGCGGAAGGUGGCGAGAGGGACUUGGAUGCGGAAGGUGCUUCCGCCUUUUGUUCAGUAGUGGCAAGGUGAACGCCCUGACGUCUUCCGUGACCUGUGAAAGAGAACGCCUACCCGUGAACGCCCGUCUUCCGUGCCCCUCACCCGAAGGCCACUCGGAGGAACGCCAGCAUCGUUCCGAACGAGAAGGCAACUAGUUACUACUCCCUAGGUCCCUCACAUAGUUUGUAGUGGAUGGCACCACCUGUUUGGUUCGUGGAUUUCAUGGUCUUCCUUUCGGGCCCAUUCUCGACGUAACCAUGUUAGUUCCAGGGAGUGUAACUUCUUGCAUCUUCUUGUACUACCGCAGUAGCAAUGCUAGUGGUGAUGCCCUUGUUACUAGUUUAGCGAUGCCCUUGUUACGCCCUGGCAACUCCUUGUUAACACUGCUGUGUGGUGGAUGGUUGACCGCGCAAAAGCAGAACUUGGUUCCUAAACAGUCUCAGUAAGGCCUCUUGAACGAUCAUACGUAGAUGACCAUGACCUUAGUGGGAUGCACAGUUCUGUUGGAUUUGAGGGCAAAAUGCACCUCUCAGGGGCAGGCAUCACCCUGAUUGGUGUUCUUAGGGGCUGUUUUGCGAAGUUUGUUCCGGGGGGUCGAGCUCCUUUCAAGCUUUAGCUGUCAUGCUGGUUGAUCAGUCAAACAUAUUUUUGCCAGGAUGGCUUCUCAGAGUGUGGAGGAGGUCUUCGCAGCUUCCGCCUACAAACACAUUAGGAGCACCAAGGGAACUCGGCUGACAGAUGAUGAGAAGCUGGACAUUUAAGCUGGCUAGUGCCCAUGGGCAACCAGGGAAUUGAGCAGAAUUGAGCACCAU